AUGGGUAAUCCUGCAACUAGUGAUGUGAAGGAAAUGAUGGAAAAAAUUUUGGCUCUUGACAAGGCCUACCCGCUUCCUCUUCUUGGUGCAAUGCUCAAGAAAUUCCCCGGGAAUGUAGAGCCUGCGGUGUGGUGGCCGGAGCAGCGCCGGAGGCAGGCGAAAGGCCUCGAUGGGAAGAAAGGUUGGAAUGGUUGGAAUGGGAAGUUGGAGGAGGAAAUGAGAGAAAUAAUUGGUGUUAUAAGAAAGAAAGACAAAGCAGACUACUUGAGGUUAGGAGGAAAAGCCUUGAAAUUGAACAAAUUUCUAGCCAUUGGUGGUCCUGUGCUAACAGGAUUAGCAGCACUUGGCUCCGCUUUUGUUGGGUCUCCUAAUCAUGGCUCUUGGGCGGUGGUGCUCGGAAUUGUUGCUGGUGCUUUAGCAAGUGUAGUAAACACAUUUGAGCACGGUGGGCAAGUAGGAAUGGUGUUCGAGAUGUACCGGAGCAACGCCGGAUUCUUUGAGCUGAUGGAAGAGUCCAUAGAAUCAAACUUGAUUGAAAAAGAUAUGGGGAGAAGAGAAAAUGGAGAAUUGUUUGAAAUGAAGGUGGCGUUGCAGUUGGGAAGGAGCCUAUCGCAGCUUAGAGAUCUUGCAACUCCUUCUUCCUGCAAAGAAGAGGAGGAAAUUGAAGAGUUUGCGAGCAAGCUUUUUUGA